AACAUUUGAUUUUGUAAAACGACGACACAGUGCUGUCAAAGAAAAAUUUCACAUGUGAAUUGAAUGAGGAUUCUGGACUUGAUUUUCAUAUUUGGAUAAAAGUUGUCAACAAAAAAAUUGUAAAUAUUAGCGUAAAUUUUAAGGAGGAUGUCAUUUACGUCACGUCUCUGUCGUGUUAUCAAUUCAUCCGCGCACGUGCAACGUUAUGCAACGCGUGCUCUCGGUAGCCCGCAGACGGGGUGGUCAUUUCGGUGGAACCAACACUUGGGAAGAAAUAGUCUUCAAUUCGCGCGAUGUGUGAGCUCGGAAUCGGCAUCUGCGACAGUAGAUGAAAAAUCACGUUUUCACACAAUAAUCAGACAAACAGAAAAGCCGGUAGGCGAAGUUGAUAAGCAUGAAUUCCAAGCAGAAACACGUAUGCUUUUGGAUAUUGUAGCUCGCUCAUUGUAUUCGGAAAACGAAGUCUUUGUGCGUGAAUUAAUUUCAAACGCUAGCGAUGCGUUGGAAAAAUUUCGUUACACCGUUCAUACAGCGGGAGAAAAUGAGAAAAAUUACGAAGCUACCGAUCGUCCAUUGGAGAUCCAUAUUGCUACUGAAAAACAGUCGAUGCAAUUAACGAUUCAGGAUACCGGCAUUGGCAUGACGCGCGAGGAGCUUAUUAAUAAUCUAGGUAUGAUAGCUCGUAGCGGUUCUAAAAAAUUUCUAGAGCAAAUAAAAGAGGAAGGUGGCGGCGCAGAAAACCCAUCAAAUAUUAUUGGUCAAUUCGGAGUUGGCUUCUAUUCCGCUUUCAUGGUGGCAGAUAAAGUGGAAGUAUUUACGCGCUCUUCGAAAGUGAAUUCACAGGGAUUGCGUUGGGCAUCCGAUGGUUCUGGAUCAUACGAAAUUCAAGAGGCUGAUGGUGUGUCACAUGGUACUAAAAUUGUCAUACAUUUAAAACCCGAGUGCAGAGAAUAUGCCGAUGAAGAUCGCAUUAGAGCGGUGAUCAAAAAGUAUAGUAACUUUGUCGGUUCACCAAUUUUCCUAAACGGUCAGCGCGCCAACGAUAUUCAGCCAUUGUGGCUGAUGGAACCGAAAGAUGUAUCGCAAGAGCAGCAUAAUGAAUUCUACCGAUUCAUUGGUAAUACCUUUGACACGCCGCGUUUUGUGCUGCAUUAUAAGACUGAUGUACCACUUAGUAUACGCGCUUUGUUAUAUUUCCCUGAAGGCAAACCAGGUUUAUUCGAUUUGACGCGUGAUGCCAAUGUGGGAGUUGCACUUUACACUCGUAAAGUUUUAAUCCAAUCGAAAACCGACAAUCUGGUACCUAAAUGGCUACGAUUCAUAAAAGGUGUCGUUGAUUCCGAAGAUAUUCCUCUGAAUCUAAGUCGUGAACUGUUACAGAAUAGCGCGUUGAUCAAAAAACUUUCCAACGUGCUGGCAAGUCGUGUAUUGCGCUUUCUGCAGGAACGUGCCAAUAAGCAACCUGAAGAAUAUGCUGCAUUUUACAAGGAUUACGGUCUAUUUCUCAAAGAAGGAAUUGUUACAUCAAAUGAUCACAAUGAAAAGGAAAACAUUGCUAAACUUUUGCGGUUUGAAUCAUCUAAGAAUGCCGAUGGCAAUCGUAUAUCCCUUGUAGACUAUUGUACUAAUGUUGGUGACCAAAAAGAUAUAUAUUAUCUAGCUGCACCAAAUCGCAUUCUCGCUGAAUCGUCUCCUUAUUAUGAAAGCUUGAAAAAACGUGGCGUUGAAGUGUUGUUCUGUUACGAGCCCUACGAUGAGCUGGUUCUUAUGCAAUUGGGUACGUUCCAAAGCAAAAAACUAGUAUCUGUUGAAAAAGAAAUGCGUGAGGAUGGCACAGCCGAAAAGAUUACUGACUACGGGGAAGGUAGUUUGUUGCAUUCACAGAUAGAUGAACUCUUGCCUUGGAUACAAGAGCAAUUGAAGGGUAAAGUGGCGAAUGUAAAAGUGACAACACGCCUAGACACGCAUCCCUGUGUUAUUACAGUCGAAGAAAUGGCUGCAGCACGACAUUUUAUCCGCACCCAAAGUCAUCAGUUGCCUGAAGAAAAUCGCUUUGCCCUACUGCAACCACAAUUAGAGAUAAAUCCCAAACACGAAAUCAUUAAGAAGCUGAAUAAACUACGUACAAGUGAUCCUGAGCUUGCGGAAUUGGUUACUCAACAGCUUUUCGCAAAUGCUAUGGUCGGCGCUGGAUUAGCUGAAGAUCCGCGUACGCUUCUGGUCACCAUGAAUAAUUUAUUGACAAAAGCUUUAGAAAAGCAUUAGAAAAUGUAGCUUACGUGUGUGUAAUAGAAUAUAUUAGCCAUACUUUUUUAUUGAAAAAAAAUUCUUGUUUUUGGUAGGUACGAAAAUAAAACAAAAGAUGGAACAUUUAGUAUAGUGGAUGUACAAAAUAAAAUAAAUCAGAAUAAAUUUAAUAUUUAGAA